ACCAAAUACCCUAUCAAAUACCAAAAUAAUUUAAAAUUCCUACCAAAUAUCAUAACAUCCAUACCACAAUAUAAAAUUUUUUAAUUUUGAUCUAGUAUUCGGUAUAUCUCAUACCAUGCCCACCCCUAGUUAUCAUCACCUUGCGUGGUGGGGGUGGAGAUGGGGGUAGGGGUACUACUCACCCCCACUGGUCUGUAAAUCUGCAACUUCCUAACGUCUAUAUCUUCUCUCUAUAACAAACACUAUCAAGAGUUGCAGCAAACAAAACAAGAAAAUGCCAGCAAAGCUGCCAAAUGUCUUUUAACAGACCACCGCACUACUCAACCAACCCCGAUAGUACUCCCAUUACUCAUUUCCUUCCUAGUACUUCUUACCUAUUUUCUUCAUAAUAAUUUUUUUUUCUAUAUAUAGUAAAUCACUUUCUGUUUUUAAAGUAUCCUUAAUUCACGUGCCCUUUAUCCCCUCUCCCUCUUUCUGUUAUAACAAGAUUUGCUUUUUUAUAUGUGUAGUGUUUUGGUGAAAAAGAGGGUAAAGAAUCAAUCUUUUGAGGUUUAGUGAAAUGGGUGUUCGUUGGUUUCUUGGACUAGUCAUUUUGGGUUUUGUAAUUGGAGGAAAAGGGUAUCCAGAGGAGGAUUUAGUUAAGGCAUUGCCUGGACAACCUAAGGUGAGUUUUAGGCAAUAUGCAGGGUAUGUUGAUGUCGAUGUGAGAGCUGGGAGGAGUUUGUUUUAUUAUUUUGUUGAAGCUGAGGUGAAUCCUGAUGAUAAACCUCUCACUCUUUGGCUCAAUGGAGGCCCAGGUUGCUCAUCAGUUGGUGGUGGUGCCUUUACAGAGUUGGGACCAUUCUUUCCCACAGGUGACGGUCGAGGUCUCCGAAGAAAUUCAAAAUCAUGGAAUAAAGCAUCAAAUCUCCUCUUUGUUGAAUCUCCAGCUGGAGUAGGCUGGUCAUACUCAAAUACAAGUUCAGACUACAACACUGGUGAUGCCAAAACUACAAUGGAUAUGCAUAUAUUCAUGAUGGAAUGGGUGAAGAAAUUCCCGGCAUUCAAAUCAAGGGAACUAUAUCUCACAGGAGAGAGUUAUGCAGGGCAUUACAUUCCACAGUUAGCUAUUGCUCUUCUAGACCACAAUGAACACUCAAAAGAAUACAAGUUCAACAUUAAAGGAAUUGCAAUCGGGAAUCCACUUCUGAGACUUGAUCGUGAUGUUCCUGCAACCUAUGAAUACUUUUGGUCUCAUGGGAUGAUUUCUGAUGAAGUGGGCCUAACAAUUAUGAGUCAGUGUGACUUUGACGAUUAUACCUUUGGCAGUCCACACAAUGUUUCACAAAAAUGCAAUAAUGCCAUAUCUGAAGCAAACACCAUUGUUGGUGAAUAUAUAAAUAACUAUGACGUGAUUCUUGAUAUGUGCUAUCCUUCCAUAGUGGAACAAGAGUUGCGACUAAAGAAAAUGGCUACUAAAGUGAGUGUAGGUGUUGAUGUGUGCAUGAGCUAUGAAAGGCGCUUCUAUUUUAACCUUCCAGAGGUUCAGAAAGCCCUUCAUGCAAAUAGGACGAACUUGCCUGAUAGCUGGUCGAUGUGCAGCCAUGUUCUGAAUUACAGCGACACAGAUGGAAACAUCAAUAUUCUUCCCUUGCUCAAAAGAAUAAUCGAAAACCAUAUUCCUGUUUGGAUUUUCAGCGGAGACCAAGAUUCUGUUGUACCAUUGCUUGGCUCCAGGACCCUUGUACGCGAGCUAGCUCAUGACAUGGGGUUCAAGAUUACAGUCCCAUAUGGAGCUUGGUUUCACAAAGGGCAGGUGGGAGGUUGGCAAACUGAAUAUGGCAACUUGUUGACCUUUGCCACAGUAAGAGGUGCUGCACAUAUGGUACCAUAUGCACAACCUGCAAGGGCUUUGCAUUUGUUUAGUUCAUUUCUACGUGGCCGGAGGCUCCCAAACAACACACGUCCCUCCAUCGAUGACUAAGAAAGAGUCGUCUAAUGAGCACUUUAAAAGUUGGUUAUAGUUCUAUAGUUAGAGUGAGCAAAAAUACAUUGCAUUGGUAAUUGGCUUUGAAUUAGCAGAAGGUUUCCUAGAUUGGCAGUGUGAUAGAGAUAGGGGGAAUAUAUGUCAAGAAUUCUCUAUCUUAAAUUCCUUUGUAUGAAAUAAAGCAAGCAAGCAAAGGGGGAACAAAUUGGAGAAAAAACAAGAAUUAAAAGCCAGUAUUCUCAAAAAGUCACUCAAAUAUUGGAAUUUAUCUACUAAA